AUGUCUUCCGAGCAAGCCCAAAAUGCGCCGGUGAAGACGCAAGACGAGACUGCGGUGCCAGCACAAGGCAUGCGCAGGAACGGCAAGCAAUGGCACGCCCCCAGAAAGGCCUUCCGCCCGGCGUCGGGGUUGACUUCAUUCGCGAAGCGCACGCAGGCGCGCGCCGAACUGGCCGCCACCAAGGCGAAAGAGAAGGAGAUGAAGGAUGAGAAGGAGGCAGAGCGUCAGAGACGAGUACAAGCGAUCAAAGACAAGCGCGAGGCCAAGGCUGAGAAGGAGCGAUACGAGAAGAUGGCUGCGACGAUGCACAAAAAGCGGGUUGAGCGCCUGAAGCGCAAGGAGAAGCGCAACAAGCUCAUCAACUCUUAG